GCUCGGUUACUACCAUGUUGGGUGUGUCUGCCAUUCGUGGCUGAAGCAGAAGAAGAAGGAGAAGAAGAAGUACUUUUGUCCGGCCGGUUGUUGUGAAUCGUGGCAGAGGAACAACAAGAAUGCAGGCAGGCAUGGGUAGCGAAAGCCAGUUGGAGGACAAGGUCCACAUGGAAGGACACAUUGCCGACCAGGGGCGGCGUAUUCUCAGGGAGCAUCGGUUUCCGCCAUCCUGGCGGGUGGCGUGGCUGGCCCAAUUCUGCCAUGGCUUUACCGUCACGGUCGACAACGUGAUGCGCAAACAGCUGGAGGCGGAUUCGCGCUACGGACCCGCCAUCGCCGAGGCUGUUGUUGACAUCAAGGAAGUGGGCGGCAUCAUGGGAGUCGUGAUCGGAAGCAUUCUCGUGCAGGCGGCUGGGCGCAUCAUGGGACUCCACGUCUACGGCGUAGGCACCAUCCUCGGUGUGCGCCCCUUCGACGCAGGCACGCUGGCGACCGUGCUGUCACCACAGCUGCCCGCGCUGCCCGCGCUGCCGACGUGGUUCCUGAUUUGCGCGUUCCAGGCCGUGUCGGGCGUGUUCAUCGCCGUGGGCAACAUGAGCGCCCACGUCUACCUGACCGAGGUGGCGCCCGACGAAGACCGUGGCGCGGUGGUGGGCAUCCAGCACUGCUUCUACCUGGCCGGUCGCCUGGUCGCCGUCGUGUUCCCGCACAGGCUGCCCUGGCAGUGGUUCGCCGUCAUCUCGCUGCUGCCGUACGUGUGGCUGGUGAUCGUCACUGGACUCAUCGUCGAGUCGCCGCGCUGGUUGCUGCAGGUCAACCGCCCGACGGACGCCCAGCGCGCCUACGAGGUCUUGGGCAUCGCGCUGUCAGGCGACGAGUGCGCCAUCUUGGCCAUCCGCACACAGCGCCUGCAAACACCGCUCAGGGCCGUGGUCUGCUUCAUAUUCGUCUACUGGAUGCGGAUGCUUGGCGGACCCAUGGGCAUGCAGAAAUACCAAGACCUGCAGCUGGUGGGCGUGAGGGACACCUUCUACGGCCUCAACGACGUCGUAAUGGUCAUCUUCCAGAUCGCCAUCAUGCCGGGCGUCAUCUUCCUGGCGGACGCCAUCGGCCGUCGCUUCCUGCUGUACAUCUCUUCGAUGCUGAUCGCGGUAAUACUGCCGGUGAGCGCCUACCUCGUCCAUCGCAUAAAGCUCGCCGAGACGCUCGUCGAGAACGCCAUCUACGAGCGGGCCAUCAUGUGCGCUGCCCUGUGCUCCGUGGUGGCCUACUCUGUUGGCCUGGGACCCGUCUCCAUCCUGGUGUGCACCGAGAUACUGCCGCCUCGGCGCCACGGUCUGGUGGCAGGUCUCCUGUACGCCGUCGUCCGCACCCUGUUCUUCGCGCUCCGCUGGUCCCUGCGUUCUGGCUCCUCUCAGGUUUGGUACUUCGUCACCACGGGCGCGACGGCAUGGUUAUCACUAGUGGUUCUCAUGUGCUUGCUGCCGGAGACGAAGCAGAUGGCCCUGGACAAGGUCCCGAACCUGUUCAGCGACGACCCCUGGGUGCGCGCGGCCGCAGCGGUAGCUUCGCAGGAAGCCGGAGGAACGCACGCGCUCGCGCUCGCGAAGGCUACGCGCCAGUUCCCGCUCAGGGACUUCGCCGACACGUACGCUCCGGCCGCCGCCCAGGAGGAGAGCGACACGAGUUCGUCGCAGCCUGAAUGAGGGCGCGCGUGUGCUUUGCGGCCGUCGCGUGAAUGACGCCUCCCACAGGCGCAGGCAUGUGUAUGCUGUACAUAGCAGGAUGUAGAGGCCACAGUUGACACUGCGAGGUACAUGGACGCGCUACAUCUUUUUGUCAGACGUUUACAGUGUGCCAUUUUGUGUAUCUGGAGAAACAUGACCUCGCGACAUCGUAGGAAAUUAGUUUGUCUUGGUUACUGUUACAAUUACUCCAACUUCACUGUCAAAUUUGAUUGAGCGCUGGAUGAUGAUUGCGUGGCGAUCUUUGUGUUAACUCUCGCGUCUAGUUCUUUAAAUGAAAAAGUUCGUUUGAUUCACUUUUAUUUUGAUUUCCUGAAAUGAAAAGGGCACUAUUGGCAUAGGUUUCAAUUUUCGAGUCUAAGAUGUUUCAAAUAUUAAAAGAAAUACCAGAUAACACUGCGAUCUUGCCCAGAACAAUCAAAUAAAGGCAAUGUCUUUCU